AUGCCUGCCUUUCGUGGACACGACUCCGCUCGCAAAUUUCACUGUGAUGUACCAGGAUGCUCAGCCUCAUUCGUCAAGCGUGCACACUUGCGCCGACACGAGAUGACGCACACCCGGCGACGUGACUUCCACUGUCCUGGCUGCAACAGAGCCUUCUCUCGCAACGAUAGCAUGGCCCGUCACCUUCGUCGUAAGCAUCCACACCUAUAUCACUCGCAUGAGACUGCUUCCGCAGGUACGACGGGCGUAGAACGCGUUUUCACUGGAUGCACCAACAGUACCACCGGCGCUUCAACCACGGGAGAUACCUUUCCUUCACCAACAGAGUAUAGCACACUCUCUUUGCGAUCGCCUUUCGACCACAGCAACAGUAGCAAUACACAGCAUUAUCGAGCUGGUGAUGCUGCCACCCUUCACCAUUCGCUCGGACGGCUUGCAGCAUCACCUGACGCAAGCUAUCGUGGUGCUACUCAUCACUCGCAGGUAUCAGUCGACUGGCGCGGCCCCAGCACCUCGCGUCUUCCGGAACCACAGGCACAACAUUCUGCUGCCUAUUUGCCUCAGAAUGAUGGACUGCCUGCAUAUCAAGGCCGAUUUGACUACGCAGUUAAGGUAGAGUCGGACGAUCAAGACCGCAUCGGUUCUCAAGCCUUCUUCUCGAACCCUGCGCCAGCUUUCGACGACACCGACCGCAGCUUUCCGCCAAGAAGGCACUUCAACGAGCAUGAGACCUCUUAUAGGACCGAUUGGAUGCAGCAGUACGCCCAACCCCACCACCAAGGUGGUUUUGGGGCAAGAAUCAAUUUACCAGCUGUUUCCACAUCGCCCUACCAGUGGGAGCGACAAGCUGAUGGAAUGUCCUACCCUCAUCCUAGCGCUUCAGGAGGCUGGAUGGCUUCACAACCCUCACCCAUGGGGCCCACCGUUCAGUUCGCUGAGCACGGCCAACGCGAACCUGCUCGUUGGAUGCAACCAGGCGCAGGCUAUCCUCAAGCAGCCUUACCGUCUGGCGCAUCUCCAUCCAUUCCAUCUAUGCAGUCUGGAAUAGAUGAGAACACCGGUGCCGACCUCCUCCAAUCCGAAUUCUUUGUCGGAGCGAUGCGACCAAAGUGCGAAGACGCCGGCUGGACCAAUCUGGAUCCUUGUGUGCUCACAGCACAGCCAUCAGAGCGUGUGCGUGUCGAGUCAGCGCCCGAGUCGUCAUCACAGCAAUUUUUGAAAUCGUUUGCACCUCCCGCACCGGGCCUCUCGCCGUCCGGUGGCUCCACCGAGGCUGCCGACUCAUACUUUGCCGUCGACUUCCGAGCCUUGUGCGAUCAAGUUGCACCUUCCGAGCCCCCGGAUGCAGGCCAGAUGGAGCAGAUCUUGGCCGAUCUUGGCAUUGAUUUUGCUGCAAAUCAAUCAGCCACAGUCGACGCUUCGCAGACCUUCUCUUCGCAUGAAGCCUUUGCAAAGCCUCUCCCUUCAUCAGCAGGAGCAGCCCCGUCAGUUCCGUCACAGGGAGCAAUGCCAGCACCUUGGACGUCCGAUCGACUCGCUCCAUCUUCCACCAGCAUGCAUAUUCAUCCCAUGUCUCAAGCACAGUCAUCGCAGAAUUCGUUCUACCUUCCCUCACUUACCGCCUCGCAGACCGAAUACCUUGGUCCCAGUGCAACGUCUCACAGACGAACCAUGGAUCGUGUCUUCAGCUCUGCCUCGAUGUCUUUCGAGUCCGGCUCACAAACUCGCGAUCAUCAUCAUGAGACGCAGAGCCUUCAAGGCGAUGUCGGUGGAAACCAUGGCAAGUCGAUCUCAUUCUCGAUUGCAGACGCUGGGUCACAGGAGGUCACCACGGGAGAUGCCGACGCAGAAACAAACGCAAAUUUCUACAAGCCUCAUGACUCGUCUCCUCCGCACAGGGCUGCUCGGGAUGAAGAAGGCGGCUGGAAAGUUGCUCGCAUCGCAGAGUCUCCGCAUCAGUCUGCUCAAGCGUCUGCUUUGCCUCGGCCGGCCUCUGCACAGGGAACGAAGCAGAAGGACGCCUCGAAGAAAGACGGCUGUGAAGAAGCAAUGCUGGUCGACAGUGCGGCAUCGAUUGUGAUGGGUCCACCGCAAGCGGCUAUAGAUCAGUCCGGCGCCUCGAAUGAGAAGGCCGAGAUGGACAUCGACGUGCCACCUCUGCCAGAGGAUAGCCGGCAACGCAACAGCUCAGCUUCGAUCGCUAGCUCAGCUGUCAGUGGUGAUCAGUUGCAGCUCGUGGUAGAGCGGUUUCGAGCCUUUGCACAGCUGUGUCAGGACCACAUGCACCCAUCGGCCGCCAUGCUCGAAAGCCUCGCACCGUUGAUUCCAAAGGUGAUCCACAGCGACGUGCCCGUCUUUCAUCCCAGGAUGAUUGGCUCACAAAAAGCUCACAGCCCAGAAGAGGUGUAUGCGCUUUUUUCUCUUGCAUCGCUUCGAAGCAACGAGCCGCACCUCAGGGAGGAAGGUGACCGGCUUAUUUGCUUCCUCUACGGUCUGGUGAUGCUUUCGUACAAGCACACUCUCCAUUCGGGUGGCGCAUUGCAUUCGUUCCUCAAUUGCUUGCUUCUGGUCGGCGUACACGGCAUGCGACAAUCGAAUCCCGAUCUUUGGCUGAGGUUUGAAGAGAACCGCGAGUCUAUUCUCUUGGACGUGCUCAAGGCGGAGACGCGGAACGCAGAAUUGGAUCAGAGCUUGGAUCGAAUCGACACGGCCGGACUUCAGGAGUUGCCCGAGGAAGAGCUCUUCGAGCUAUGGUCUCGCUGGUAUGAUCAUGAGAGCCGCAAACGAUCCAGAAUCUAUGGAGCUAUCGUAGAUUCGCAAUCCUCAAGCUACUUCUCGCCACUCAAGGUCAGAUUGUCGUCUCGCUCAGAUGGUCCUCGCUGCCAAUUUCUGUUUGCGCAUGUCUACGAGCCCUGUCCUGACGCCGUGUUUCUCGCCUGGCCGCCCAAAGUCUGGGCCACGCGCUUGGCCGGCAGUGCUUCGUUACCUUCAUCUAAAGGGGCCGACAUGGCCUUUCGCGACGGGCAACCUAUCUCCAUCGCCACAUGUCUUACGGAGCAAUUGCUAAAACCGCACGUCGCUCAUCUGUAUGAGCCCAAGACAUAUCCGCGCUUCCGUUCAUCGUUCGAUUUUGGCUCACAAAACCGCGCAGCAACCACCUUCAAGCCUUUCCGCCCCCUCAGCGACCAACAGAACCAGGAUCGAAUCGCGAGACCGACGCCUUUCGUCGAAGGUGCCGAUAGUUCAACUGCAUCAGAAUUCUCGAGCCGGCCACAAUCGCAGGCCGAGGAUUCAGAGAGCAAUGCUGCUGAGCCAGAGACUCGCACCGUGUCUCAGUUGCACAUGUUGGCGUUGCUCGAAUCCGUGCAUGGUGCAUGGAUGACCGACAGUGGUUGGUAUCAGACCCCGGCGUGGGGCGCUGCAGCUUUGCCCGAGCAACUGGCCAUUGACGAUAACGAAUUUGACGUCGAGACCGCAAGCCUGGCAGACCUACCUGGAUGGCGUAUUGGACGCACUUUGCAUGCCACUCAAGUAGCCCAUGCUUUAAUGAACUGGUCCGAAAUGUUCAGUGGCGGAAACGAUGUAUGUCGGAGAAGUGGCGCGGCCGCUUCGAAGCUUGGACUCAAAAUCACCGACGACGCCUAUCAAGCAACGAUCCGAUGGCAAGCAACCUUCCUCUCCCUUUGUGUUCCUCUGCACUCGCUAUGCUUCUACCUCGACGCACGCAAGCGCGCCGUCGCUACGGAUAAAGAUCGACGCCAGAGGAUCUCGUUCUUGCUCCGGAAAUGGGUCGAUUCUCCCUACUGCAGAAGAGCGCUGGUCCACGCCGGUACGAUCUUGACGCUACUCUGUGCGGCAAAGAAAGGCUCUGCUACCGAAAGGCUCGGUCCUGCUUCGGCUCAUGCAGUGUUCAUGUCGCUGCUGAUCUUGGUAGGUACAAGCAAGCUAUUGAACGAAGAGGGUGUGCCUCCAAGGCAGGUCGCCGAAAAUUCCGCAUCGCGGUGCGAAGAGCUGGUGCCAAUCCGUCAAGUCUGGACGAGCUUACUCGGCGUGGGUCAAGGAAGCGGAUCAGAGCCCAAUGGGGGCAAGGAUACCACGCUAAAUGACAGAGUCAAGGACGGCGUCAAGCAAGACGACGGGCUCGAUACUGAAGAAGAUUGGAUGCGAGUGCGAUUCUGGCAUCGCAAAUUCCAAUAUCUUGGUCUUGCAGGAAUCUAUCGCGAGCGGGAAGCAAGCUGUGAGGUAUAUUCGGACUGGCGAGGAUCCAUAUCGGCGGGUAACGGCGGCGCCGAAGGAUUGCCGUCGAUAGGAGGGCUGCGAGCUGCACAUCUAAGACCAAGAUGGUCCAGUCUUAUCGGAGAAGUACGAUGGCCUGGACCUCGACGCGAGACAAUUCACGCGCAGCGCAACUCGGUCGAGGAUAGCCGGCAAUCCUCACAAGGCCAGCUUGCAGGUCUGCAGCCCAAUGGUACUCGCAACUUGCCACGGCUGCAGCUACGACCUGCCACGAACAGCACAAAUGCCUUGCAGGAGACAAGGCGAUGGAUCUUGCAAGGAGCCACGCACAACGCAACAUUCUGUGGUACGCUGCUUUGGCGCGCAGAGGCAGUGAAUAGUUACGAUAAAGCGGCAUCGAAGGUGCUAAGUCGGGAGCAGCUUCGCUCGCUGGUGAUCUGGGUGCGUGGCGACAAUCCUGCCUGGUGCUACAGCCAAGAGUACACGAGCCUCCUUUUGGGAGCGCUGCAAGAGCCGCAUGCUGACCAUUCCAGCACGUCGGCGAAUGGCGAGAGUCAAGCUGCGCAGAAGAGCAGCUGA